GCUGGAUGUUUGAGAAAUGGGGUGAAUUAAAACCGUCCCUGCCCUCGGGAAGUUCAGGGGACGUUAGGGGUACUCGGACUUAUGCGCCACAGUGUCAUCCUAGCUGGCAAAGAAGUCGCCUAACCUUUGGGACCCGUUAAGACGGCUGGGGAGGCUUCCCCAGGAGAUGGUAACAGCUUGUGUUUCUGCUGAUGGAAAGAAUCUAGUAGAGAGGAAGAGGCUGAGGAUGCAGGAGAGAAGCCAGCAGUGUGAGGAGUUGGCGUGACCCCGCCGAAUGUGAUUCCCGGGACAGAAUGGUGCUGGACUCAGGGACGCAGGUGUAUGAACAGGCACCGCCCAGUCUGCCAGCCAGCCCCUCGUCCCUGGGCCGUAGGCUGAAGCCUGCAGAUCGCGAUGGGACUCCGCUGUAUCCCUGGCCUCGGUCCCUGGCCUUGCCUCUGGCCCUGUCAGUCCCCUCUGGCCUGCACUGCGAGUCUGAGCCACAGCCCUUCUCGGAGCUGCGUGUGGCCCGCCGUAGUCACAUGCAUCGCAGCGAGAGCACCUGCACGAUAAACAGUACCGGCCACCGGGGCCACAGCAGCCACGGUCGGGCCACACCUAAACGGGGACUGGAUCCAGGCAGGGGCACCCUGCGGCCCGCAUCCUCCUUGCCUCACAUUGCUAAGACGCGAAAGGAAGCCAGCAAGAGUUGGACCAGCAAGAGCCCCUGCAUGUUGGUGGCCUUGCGGCCAACCAACAUGGACGAUGAGCGGCUCAAGUUCUUCCAGUCCCAUUACACCUACAACCCGCAGUUCAAGUACCAGGAGCCCUUGCCCACGGCCGUGCUGGAGAAAUACUGUGCUGCGUCGGGACAGUUCAUCCACCAGGCAGUUGGCAUCAUUGAGGCCGUCCUGGAGAAGUUUGGCACCUAUGAACAAUUUGAGGCUGUCACCGGGGGCCAGCUGCUGACCAAGUGCCAGAUCUGGUCCAUCGCACGCAAAUACAUGCAGAAGGAAGGCUGCGCCGGAGAGGUCGUGGUGCAGCUGAGUGAGGACCUGCUGUCUCAGGCCGUGAUGAUGGUGGAGAACAGCCGACCCACACUGGCCAUCAACCUCAGCGGAGCCCGCCAGUACUGGCUAGAGGGCAUGCUUCGGCAUGAGAUAGGCACACACUAUCUGCGGGGCGUGAACAACGCGCGCCAGCCGUGGCGCAGCGCCGAGGGCCGGCUGCAGUAUGGGCUGCGGCCCGCCAACCCCACAGAGGAGGGCCUGGCCAGCCUGCACAGCGUGCUGUUCCGCAAGCACCCGUUCCUGUGGCGCGCCGCGCUGCUCUACUACACCAUCCACCGCGCCGCUGCCAUGUCUUUCCGCCAACUCUUCCAAGACCUGGCGCGCUACGUGCAGGACGCCGACGUGCGCUGGGAAUACUGCGUGCGGGCCAAGCGCGGCCAGACGGACACCUCGCAGCCCGGCUGCUUCAGCAAGGACCAGGUGUACCUGGACGGCAUCGUGCGCAUUCUGAGGCACCGCCAGACCAUCGACUUCCCAAUGCUGACCUCGCUGGGCAAGGUAUCCUAUGAGGAUAUAGACCACCUGCGGCCCCAUGGGGUUUUGGAAAAGACCCGGGUGCCCCACUUCAUGCAGGACUUGGCGCGCUACCGGCAGCAGCUGGAGCACAUCAUGGCCACUAACCGGCUGGACGAGGCAGAGCUGGGCCGUCUGCUGCCUGACUGAGGCUGCGGGAGACCCCGGACCCGGGGCCCUCGGGUCCGUCCAGAACAUGACAGCUGCGUGCUUCCAUGAUCUGAGUGUUUCUCGGGGGACUUGGAAGAGCAGGAGCAUCCAGGAAGGAGGAGGAGCAGCAACCUCAGGGGCUCUGUGUCCCCCUGCCCCGACCCCCAGCCUCCCGAAAGCCCUUCAGCAGCAGUGCAGGCUGCCCGCCCUCCUGCCUCCUGCCUGCUCCUGUGCUCUGGAGGAGGCAGAAACUGCAUGGAUGGGGGCGGGGGUGGGAGUAGAAACUUGUCCUUGCAUGAUGUGCCCUUGGACGUCUUCUCUUCAUUCCAUGUUCUCUCCCUUCCCCCACCCGGCCCCUCGGUGCUCCUCCAGCUUUCACGCUGUCUACCUCUCACUGGGUCCUGUGGAGGUGGGGGGGUGUCUCCCUUCUCCUGGGGUGAUUGCCUGAGACAGCG